GAAGGGCGUGGCUGAACACCUGCACCAUUGUUCCAAGUACAUUUUGUAUAGCUAGCACAACAACACAGCACACAAUGGAGAGCAGUGGCAAUGGCACAGAGGCACCUGCAUAUGGACAGUGCCAUCCAACCUUCAAUGAUGACUUCAAGUGUGACAUAAUUUUUUGGAUUCGAUGUGCAGUAGCUAUCCUUUCCAUGCUCGCCUGUACAUUUGUGGUGUUCAUUAUUCUCAUCUUCAAGAAGUACAAGUUCCUCCAUCAAAGAUUAAUCCUCUACCUCAGUAUUGCAGCAUUCUUCCAGAGUCUAGGAUAUGCAGUGAGUGACUAUAGAAUAGCCUUCCAAGGACGAAAUGGAGGAGAGGGAUUUUGCAUCUUUGUAGGAAUAUGGACACUGUUUUUUGACUGGUUCUCAUUCCUCUGGGUGUGUUGUAUCACGUUCAACAUAUUUUGGAAUGCUGUGUUUGGAAAGAGAACGGAAAAGUUCGAAAAAUUCUACUUUGUGGUUUGCAUCGGAGUGCCUGCAAUUCUCUGCUGUUUACCAUUCAUUGAAAACUCUUAUGGGCCCUCUGGACUAUGGUGUUGGAUAAAAUCAUCCUCAUUUGAUGAGAGGUCCGACACCGUCAAGGUGUUCAUACCAGGAGUUAUACUACAGUUUGUUCUGUUCUACGGGCCGCUAUGGAUCAUAUCUGUGAUCUUGCUUAUUGUCCUCAUCUCCAUUGCCUGCCUCACCAGACACAGAAGGAACAAGUACCAGGGCGUAUGCAAUCACCAAGUGGAUGCUCAAAAGAAACUUUGGGAGGAAGAUAUCCGCCCCCUUGUCCUGUUCCCAUGGAUAUACCUGGUGAUCCUGUUGUUCCCAUUAAUGAACAGGUUAAGAUUGGCUUUCGGUUUCUUUGACCCAGACUCGCCUGCUAACUUUUGGUUUUGGUUCUCUCAUGCUUUUAUGCUGACUCUACAUGGUACACUGUAUGCACUUGUGUUUGCCUGUGACAAGACAACAAGGUCUCGGAUAACAUAUCACCAGAUCAAGGCUGCACUGUUGCAACGCACAAUGAGGAGGAGGAAGAUCAAAGAGUACCCACUGGUGAGCAGUACAGAGGUUGGUGGGUCACUGAGCUCAAUAGUUGUCAGUGAUGACCUCACCGAGGAUGGGAUAAAUGGAACUAGUGGAUCAUACAAACUGUAUCUAGGCAGUCACUAACUGUGUUUUGUUUUUAUAUACCCAUUUACUCCAUUACCGCAAAGCUAGAGCCUGUUAUAUUACAUUGUUCUUGCA